UGUAUUUGAUAGCGUUAGAUCUAUUCUGUGCAGAAAACAAAAAAGAAAAAGAAGGAAUAGAAGGAAUGUUCCGGUAUUUUGGAAGUAUGGUUGGGAUUAGAUGUAUAUAUACGUGGAAGUGAGAGAAAAUUUUGGGUUACAAAGUGUGAGUUUAAUACCAUUAUGCCGCGGUAAAAUAGGCAAUAAUAGGAAAAAGACUCGCGGAUAGAAUGUACAAAUAUUUAACUAUCCAUGCAUAAUCUUUAAGAACCAGAAGUUUCAAUUAGCAUUAAUGAUGUAGUAGUUUCAUAGUCUGUUACUAGCUGAAUCAAGUAUGCCAAGGCGAUUAAUAAGUACGUUGCGGAUAUUCGUGUAAUUGUAGAAAAUGUCAAAGUGAAAAAAGUUACAUAUAAUAUGGAAAAAUGCAGGAAAUAUUCGAAGCAAAAUAUCCGUUUCGAUAUUUCAUGGAGGAAACAAAUCCCUAUUCUCCUUUAGCUAUACUCAUAAAAGUAUGAAAUUGCAUAAAGAUCUACACUCUAGCCAUAAGUUCUUCUUCUUCUUCUUCUUCUUUUUCUUCGGUCUAGUCUAAGCCAAUGUCUGUUAAAAAAUUUAUUUCGUAAAUUUUUCACGAUAAACCGCUAGCCUUCCAGCCUAACGCCAUUGCGUCCUACGGUUUUAAGUAAAAUAAUCAAUGGAAAAAUAGGACAACGUUGGUAAGAAAACAAAGAGGCACAAGCUUUGUGAAAUAUAAAAAGGAUCGUAACGCUUGUUGUAUCAUCCAUUAUAUCUUCGUAACUCGAUCUUUCUUGUCGAAGUAGUGAGAUUAAAUAUGAGGGCGGUGGUGUAGGUUUCGAUCUACCGAGUAGGUUGAUGAGUUAUGUAGUCAUUUCAACGAUGAAUGACUAUCUUUAAAUUAUCCUUGACCAAGUGUGAUCCCACAGCUGUUGCUAGAAGAUUUGAAACGUUGUAUCGGUGUGAAUCAGGCUUUAAACGUAAAAAAAAUACGACGGAAUACAAAAUGACGGUGCAUGUUUGGCGACGAAUAUAACGAGAAACCGAUGAUAGUAAUUAUUCGUGAUGGUUUGAUUGCAACCGAUUGAUCGUCGUACAUGCACGUUACGUUAAAAAGAAAAAAAAAAGAAAAAAUCGCGAUGAGAAAGAGGUACUCGACGAUGUUGUACAUAUUUUGGAAUACUUCGAUUUAAUAAUAACGUUCAUUAACGGGUGAAUGGUUAGCGUGAUAAUCCGUUUUUAAUUACAGAUUUCAUAUUACAUCAUAAACUUUGUGUCUUUUUAUACGACGUUAAAAAAGAAAGGUCGUCAGGUAUCGUUUCAUAGUCCGCUAAGCUGAAAGUUUCGUCAAUUGAGUAGGCUUGGCAUAAAUCGAUCGUAUACCGGUGAAGGACGAAACAAACAGCGCAAGAACUAUAAAGAAGCUUUGUUCGUUCGAAUAUUUAUCUUGCAUCGCGUGCAUCAGACAUUUUAUGCAAUAAAAGGAAACAAAAUACCUCUUUUAUACUUUUUCCGCUUCUACGAAGCUUUUAUCGAAUACGCAAUUUUCUAACCUAAGAAAUCUAGGCUAUAGAUGAAAAACAUAAUAACACAUUUCCUGUUCUUUGCAAGAGAACAGUCUUGAACCUCGGUAUGUUAUCAAUCUUCCCCACGUCAAAGCUACUUUUCCAUUCGAUUUUCCAAUUAAGUACGUGUCUUUAUCUCAUCGUUUUCGACAUUUAAACGAUAUUAACGACAUUAGUCAGGCAGGUUAAUAUUCAUUAAGUUGGGUAAAUACGUCUCUUUCUAGUCACCGAAUGUCAUAAAAAUCAGAAAAUCAAGAAAAAUGUACUUAUCACAUUUUCUCCCGUUUCUAACUACAAAUAGGAAAUUAGUCUAGAAGAAUAUAUUUUUAAAUAAAAAAUUUGUCGAGCAAUUAAGAUCAACCAAAAUAAAUAAAGUGAUCGUCUAAAAAAAUUCUAAUAUCUAAAAGCAGAAGUUUGAAAUGAAUCGUUGAAAGAGAAGAGAGAGAGAGAGAGAGAGAGAGAGAGAGAUAAGCGAAUGAAAAAUUUAAAGUCGCACGAAAUCUUGAUAUACACGACGCACCAUUGGCUAUUUUAAUACCGUGUCAAGGAGUUAAUUAUGCAUGCUUGUAUUCAAGAUAUUCGCUUUGUUUUCCAUUGGGGAAUGUGCGUCUAUAAAACUGGGACGUAUUUUAAUUUCCAUAUGAAAUUCCUUGUAUUUAAUCUUAAUCGAAGCUUUCCAUUCACCUCGCCUCCGUACUAAUUUCUUUCGUCACGAUCGCGUAUUACUUUUUCCCCUGACCAAUUACAGGUUAUUAACUUCAAUCUAGCUAAUCCUCGACGAUACGUUUUUAUUAGCAGAGUCGGAAUAAAGUUGGAAUAAAAUUUAAUCGAAGCCUUAAAUUGUCCUGGAACAAACGAACUACUCUAUCGUUUUCCUUUGUGAAAAAAUCGAACCGCGGAGCGCAGCUGAUCCGCAGGCUUCGGGAAAUUAUCUUGUUGUUCGAUCGACAGCACGCUAAUGUUCCAACUUUGUUGAUAUACAAGAUAUCGAAGUAACGUAUUAUCGUCUACAUCGAAACUGAUUCUACCAUUAAGAGAAAAUAUCCCAAAGCCGACUUUCUUAAAAAUAUCUUUCGAUAUAAAUGAAACUAUAAAAGAAAACAGUUUGUUCCUGUUCGUGCUACCAUACGAGGUCAACUAUCGCGGAGGAACGCGGACCAACAGGUUGGAAGGGAAGGCGAGGACAGGGGAUCAAAGGCUAAAAAAAGACGAAUUAAAAUUGCGCAGGUAGAGUCUGCGGUAUGCGACAAAAACGAGCAUUUUGAUCGAGGAAAGCCAGGAAGAUCGAAGGCCGAAUAAUUCGAUGCAAAUGCGUCAGGAAGGCAUCGAAACGACACGACGGUACCACCAACCUCGAGUAUAUCGUGACUACAGUAACACGCUCCAAAAUGUCCUACGACUCGAAUCCAUCGGUGAAAAGGACCGCGUUUCGGCGAACGAUGACAAUGCUGGCCGCUAUGGAAGCUACUUCGAACAAGCGUAAUAGCACGAACAUGUAUGAGGAUGCCAUUUUACCAGAAUACAAUGUCACCACGACAGCGAGCGGAGCGGCUAGCAAGACGAGUCACUUCGAGACCGAUUUGCAUGGGAAUGUUAACAUUCUUCUCGGCGGGGCGAUGCUCAGCGGCGUGAUUAUGGUCGUCCUACUGAUGUGCUACUGUUGUCACAAGAGCAUCCGGAAGAACCGACCGCAAGAGUAUCCGCAAUACUGGAGGACAGAGCCAGACGUGCAUAGCCUCGAGGUCUUCACCACGGAAGCGCACGCUGCUUGCUGCGAGAGACAAUCGACAGGCGAGGGAAACUUGGACGAGAGCACCUACGGCGCCCUUUCGUGUCCUGUGACGCCAAACUCUGGCCCUGGACCACCGCCGACCUACGACAGUCUGAUCUUCGACUCAAGAAGCCUGCCCAACUUCAUCGACAAGAAGCCCGAAGGUGCAGAGACGCCAGGAAUUAUAAUCCCUCCCAUGGUGUCUACCUUACUAAGCUUGAGCACGACCGUGAGAUCCACGGAAUGCAACGAGGCCACGGAACAAGAAAUCUCCGACGAAGGAUUGCCUUCUUACGAAGCCGCCUUAAAGUUGGACGCGAACGGCUACGUGUAACAAUGACGACCGACACGCCUCUCUGAUCCCGAAGAAUUUUACGAUUCCUCGAAUCGAUCGCGUUCCUUCGCGUAUCUGUCUUCAAGUAGAGCAAAGAGAUUGGAACGUCGAGGAAUUGGAAAGAAGGAAGUUAGGUCCAUUGAUUUUUCCCUUUUGCGCCUCCACUUCUCUACCUACGUUUGGGAAAACCUUGCCUCCUUGUGUUUACAGCGUCGCGAAGAGAAGCUUUUCCGACGGAUCAGACUGCGACUCGAGCAAGACCGUGUGCAAUUGAAAUUUCUGAAAGUUACAAUCCAAGGGAACAGGACGAGAAAAGAGUGACACUUGAAGCGAAGCAGUUGGAGGAUGUUUGAAGGAGAAGUUUCUGGUCUUCGUUUUUGAUCUCGAGAGAAGAAUUCGUCGAGCAACGAAGUUGUAAGUUGACAAGCAUCGGACGUUUAGAUCUAAUUCCGGAAUUUUAAAAAAAACAGAGCGAACUUAUGGAAGAUGAGAAAUUGCUCGGGAAUCGGGAUCGGGUAGUUUGCGAUCGAUAUGUUCCAAGUUACUUAGAAGGAAGAUGUACGCGUUCUUUUUCUGGUUCCGAAGAAGAGAGGUUUGUUUCGAGGAAAAAAUUGAGAUGAAUAGAAGCACCUGUGGAUGUUCGAUCUUGCGAUCGAAUUUAUGGGAGACGAUGGAGAACAAGUUCGAAAUUACGUGCCUGAUAAGAACGAUCUUCGGCUGUGAUUUUUAAAGAAGGAAAGAGAAGAAGAUAAAUAUUUAGGACGACGUUAAAAUUCUAAUCGAAUUUGCGAUGAAUGAAAAAUUACGUAUCGACUGAUGUGGAACAAAAGUGCUUCAGGCCGUUUGAGAAAAAAAAGGAGACAGUGACGAUUGAAAUGGAGUCCGCGAAUCAGGUGUCGAUAAUCCUUCGACUUUUCUGAAACCGUGAGAUCUGAUCUGUGAAUUACUGAAUUAUUAUCUGUGAAUAUAAUGUGAUUAGACGAAUGUUGAUUUGUGUUUCAUUAAAUCGAAUACCGAAACUCGAGAAUUCAGCAACAUCGUUCAACGAACGUAUUCCAAAGAAUAUCCUGCAUAAUAUCUCAUUUCAUAUCAUCCAGAAACUCGAAUUCUCAUCAAUUUUCAUGUAACGUGUAAACCUGCUCUAAAUAAAUGCGAAAAAUAUAUAACAUACGAGCAUUCGAGAA